AUGAACAAUAUCCGCCAAGUCCAAGCGCUGAACAAGCGCGAGCUUGAGAAUGCUGUCCCUCCCGAAGCUUCAUGGCAUGCCGAUUACCGCGACACGGCCUACAUCUACAUCGGCGGCCUUCCCUUCGAUCUUUCCGAGGGUGAUAUUGUUACCAUAUUCUCACAGUACGGUGAGCCGGUACACGUGAAUCUCGUACGCGAUAAAGAAACAGGAAAGAGCCGAGGGUUUGCCUUCCUCAAAUACGAAGAUCAGCGCAGUACCGACCUCGCGGUUGACAACCUGGGUGGCGCGACAGUUCUCGGUCGAAUGCUACGCGUGGACCAUACAAGAUACAAGAAGCGCGAUGAAGAAGAGGAUACGAACAAUGUGGCCAAGUUGAUGGGCGAGACGGCCGGUAAAGACGCUGAUGGCGAUACGGACGAUGAGGGAAGAAGACGAAAGAGGAGAGGACACAGCGAAGACAGGGAGCCGCGUCCGCGACGACUACUCAAAGAGGAGAUUGAGCUAGAAGAGUUGAUUAGGAACCAUGACGAUGAGGACCCUAUGAAGGAAUUUCUCAUUGAGGAGAAAAAGGAAGAAGUGGCUCGAGCUUUGGAAAAGGAGGCAAGAAAAGAAAAGUCGUCGCGACGACGGGAGUCCAGCCGCGAGAGAUCAAGUCGGCAUUCCCGCCAUCAUCAUCGCCGCCACCGACGCGACGAUGAUCGAUCGCGAUCCCGAGAAAGAAGCAGCCGGGACUACAAAGAGCGAGACCGAAGAGAUAGAUCAAGAGAUAGGUCUCGCAAAGACAGAACUCCGGAGCGCUCACGAUCACCCCGCCGCGAUCGGGAUAGACAUGAUCGCCGCCGAUAG